UUUUGUACCUUAAAACGAUAUCUCCACUACAGUGUGUAUUGGGUGUUAGGCUGGCUUCCUUCUUGAUGGGCUGGGGAUAUAAUCCAGUUGAUCCUAGUUUGGAAAUAUGUACUAUACAUUUUAAGGGACACGGAAUGUGUUAUGGUGACUCGGGCAGUGCGUUAGUGGAGGCUGAGACUGGCAAACAGAUUGGCAUCGUGUCGUGGGGAUUCCCCUGCGCGCUCGGAGCCCCCGACAUGUUCGUGAGGGUCAGCGCCUACGAAGACUUCCUGAAAGACGCUCUCGAGGAACAUAUUGAACAUUAGCUAUGAUUAUAUUAUAUGAUAGUUAUGUAAAAAUAUUGAUCGUAUUGUUACUGUUAACUUGUUAUAUGCUAUUAACUUAUUUUUGACAC